UGUUUAUUAACUUGAACAUACUUAUGUACAGUUGUAUUUACUGUAUUUAUAUAAUAGCGUAGUAAUUAUGUCUUUAUCUUGUGCGUUCACGACGUUGGUGCUAGCCAUUCACGUGUAUUUAGCAAUCGGCUGCCCACAACUCUAUGGCGUUCAAGCACCAUACCUAUUAUACUCGAGAGAAAACUGGGGGGCGGCCCCCGCCAGCGACAUCCAUCCGUUGAAGACGCCCGUCCCGUAUGUGAUUAUACAUCACACAUACUUGCCUGCGGCCUGUAACAGCACCCAGCAAUGUAAAGCAGCGAUGAAAUCCAUGCAGAACUAUCACAAUAGUUUAGACUGGGGGGACAUUGGAUACCAUUUCUGCGUAGGCAGCGAAGGUGGAGCGUAUGAAGGGAGGGGCUGGCACAAUCUCGGCAUUCACGCUGGUCCAGUGAACAAUUACAGUAUCGGAAUUUGCCUUAUUGGAGACUGGAGAGUGGAACAACCACCACGUGAGAUGCUGGAGACGACAAAGUCUCUGAUAAAUACAGGCAUUCUGAACGGUGCUAUCAGCCCUACGUACGAACUGAAGGGACACAGUCAGAUCAUGGCCACAGAAUGUCCCGGGACCGCAUUACUAGAUAUAAUAUCAAAGUGGGACCAUUACUCCGAGGAGCAAUUUGUUAUUAAUAAAAAAGAUAAUGUAGGUGAAGUGUGGAACUUAGUUAUGAUGGUUUUACUGAAAUUCAUGAUGUGCACAAAUAUUUUGGCCGUUGCUGUAGGUGCUCCUGCGCUGUUCAGAAAGGAUACAGACGAUAAUGAAGUGUUGACCUACGAUUUUCCGUUCGUGACGCGAGCGCAGUGGUCGGCUCGCACUGCAAAGCAAAAGCUGUCAUUGCAGACCCCAAUUCCCUACGUCGUCAUCCACCACUCGUAUACACCUCCCGCUUGUUAUGAUGGUCCAACGUGCAAAAAGGCCAUGAGAAGCAUGCAAAACUUUCAUAUGGACGAUCGAGGAUGGUGGGAUAUUGGAUAUAAUUUCGCUGUCGGAGCUGACGGUGCUGCGUACGAAGGUAGAGGGUGGGACGUUCUCGGAGCUCAUGCUUUACACUUCAACAACGUUAGCAUCGGAAUAUGCCUUGUUGGAGACUGGAGCAAUUCUCUACCCCCUACGAGUCAACUAAAAACCGCUCAGGCUUUAAUAGCAGCAGGAGUUGAAUUGGGAUAUUUGAAAGAAGAUUAUAAGCUGGUUGGUCACAGACAAGUCCGUGAUACUGAGUGCCCUGGGGACGUUCUCUUCAAUGAAAUCCAAACUUGGGAUCACUAUGCGCCUUUCCCGGCUUCGGCUGACGAUUUACCGGAAGUUGAAGAGCUGAAGAAAAUAUGAGGUUGUAUAUAUAACAUUAAAUUGUAGCAAUAUUUCUUAAAUAUAGUUCCCCCCGUGCGAGUACGACGGCCGAGUCCCGUCGCGUCGUGAUCCAUGCAACUGGGUCGAAAUAUCGACAAAUCCCAAAAUAUUAUCGUGGUAUGUUGAACUAUAUCUAAGAAGUGUAGAUUACCCAACAAAAUCUUAGUUUAAAAUUGUAUAAUAGCAAAUACCUUUAAUAUAUCCAUGACAUAAAGAGGCUCCUAUUAAGUAUAUU